AUGGCUGCGAGGAAAUCUGCAUCUGACGCAUUCAAUAACGGUCCUGUGAGUUACCUGGAGGACGUCCCCUUUAAACUCAGUGAGAAGUUCCGGUGUCCGGCCAAAGUGGGGUUACCUGUGGGCUUCUGUCUGCCGGACGCCGCUCUGCUCGGCACACAGUAUGAUUUCUCCCUGGAGCGGCGCAGCGUGGCGUGGGGGGCGGGGCUUGAGGAGGCGGCGGUCAGGGGUCGAGGCCAGGCCGAGGAUGAGGAGCCUGUCUUACCGGCUCCGCCACAUCUCCCCGCCCCUCCGCUUCCUCCUGCUCUGAACCCUGUGUUAGCAGCGCUCAGCCACGACGCAAUCCUCACACCGGUGCAGUGCUCCGCCCCCUCGCCAAGCCCCGCCCACACGGUGACCGGACACACUGCGCUUCUUGACCUCACGGACUUCGAGCGCGCUGAGGACCCCUUCGACAAAUUGGAGCUGAAGACCAUCGACGAGAAGGAGGAGCUGAGGAGCAUCCUACAGCCGAGCAACGGUCUGCACAAUGGGCUGGUGGACGAUCGGCCCUGUAACAUCCGCUCGCUCUCGUUCCCCAAACUGUCGGAGUCUGAGUGUCCUGAGCCCACGCCUCCUGUGGCCCCGCUCCCCGUCAUUGCCCUGCAUCCUGACAGCUCCCCCCAGAGGACACACAGCGCAGAGGUCAUUGUAACUCCUGCUCGAAGCAAGAGUGCUGCACCCAAACCGGUGAACUGCUCGUCUCUGCCAUGUGGGGGCGCUCUCCUCAGCAUGACCCCCGCUGAGCGUCAGUGUGUGGAGACGCUGGUGGGGAUGGGGUACUCCUACGAGGGUGUCCUCCGAGCGAUGCAGCGACAGGGUCAGAGCGUGGAAACUGUCUUGGACUAUCUGUACGUUCACAACCGCCUGUGUGAGCGCGGCUACGAGGCCACGGCUGUGGAGGAGGGCCUAGAGCUGUACCACUGUGAGGAAGACAAGGCGCUGCAGUUCCUUCAGCUCAUGUCGAGAUUUGGGGAGAUGGGAUUCGAGCGAGACGCCAUCAAAGAAGUGCUCCUCUUCCACAACAACGACCAGGACAAGGCUCUAGAGGAGCUCAUGUCCCGCUCCACGGCCACUUGA